UUGUGUUAUCAGAAAGAGGUUACCUCGUUGGCUGGGCUGUCUUGCCGCUCGCAGUUGCCUUUCAGUUAUCCUGGCGGCAUGAGGUCAUCGGUUUGUCUUCUGCUCCUUUUCGGAUUUCAGCUCUACGUCUUUUCGGUCCCCGUGGCGGCUAAUGACUUUUCCUCAUUUCUGAGUGCCAAUGCAUCACUGGCUGUUGUGGUGGACCAUGAGUACAUGACCAGACACGGCCAGAAUAUUAUGGCCCAUUUCGAGAAAAUCCUCAGCGACAUCGUGCGAGAGAACAUGAAGCAUGGAGGCAUCAAUGUGCGAUACUUUCGCUGGAAUGCGGUGCGCUUAAAAAAGGAUUUUCUGGCUGCCAUUACGGUGUCGGACUGUGCAAACACCUGGAACUUCUACAGAAGCACACAGGAGACGUCAGUGCUGCUGAUUGCCAUCACAGACUCCGAUUGUCCACGUUUGCCCAUAAAUAAAGCUUUGAUGGUGAGCCAUACAUUAUCCCUACAUAUUGUCAGGCAAUCCAAUCCCAUUGGCCUUGUUGCAUAGGUGCCAUUGGUGGAGCAUGGCGAUGAAUUGCCGCAGAUCGUACUCGAUGCCAAGGUACAACAGAUUCUCAAUUGGAAGACGGCAGUAGUGCUGGUGGAUCAAUCCAUAAUGGAUGAGAACUCCGAGCUGAUCAAGUCCGUGGUGCACGAGAGCACCACCAAUCACAUAGCGCCAAUAUCAUUGAUUCUCUACAAGAUUGACGACUCGCUGCGGGGCCAGAAUAAACGUGCGGCACUGCGUCAUGCGCUCUCCCACUUUGCGCCAAUGAAUCACGAGCAGAAGCACCAACAGUUCCUCGUUGUGUCCAAAUAUUACGAGGACAUCAUAGAGAUUGGCGAGACAAUGAACAUGUUCCAUGUGGGCAAUCAGUGGAUGUUCUUUGUGUUGGACAAUAUGCGUCAGAGCUUCGAUGCCAGCACAGUGACCAUCAAUCUGGCGGAGGGAGCCAAUAUAGCCUUUGCCCUGAAUGAAACGAAGACCGAGUGCAUGGACACGCUCAACUGUACGAUAUCCGAGGUAAGUCUGGCUCUGGUGACGGCCAUUUCCCAGAUGACGAUCGAGGAGCAGUCCAUAUACGGUGAGAUCUCCGAUGAGGAGUGGGAGUCCAUACGUUCCACCAAGCAGGAAAGGCAGAAUGAGAUUCUAGAGUACAUGAAGGAUUACCUCAAGACCAACAGCAAGUGCGCCAGCUGUGCCCGCUGGAGAUUUGAGACAGCCAUCACCUGGGGCAAGAGCCAGGAGAAUCGACAAUUUCGCACAGCUCCCACGAGGGAUGCCAGGAACCAGAACUUUGAGUUUGUCAACUUUGGCUACUGGAGCCCACUGCUGGGAUUCGUUUGCCAUGAGCUAACAUUCCCGCACAUCGCGCAGCACUUCCGUAAUAUCACCAUGGACAUUGUGACGAUGCAUAACCCACCCUGGCAAAUACUCACCAAGAACAGCCAAGGCGUCAUUGUCGAACACAAGGGCAUUGUCUUGGAGAUACUGAAGGAGCUGAGUCGGGCCCUGAACUUUAGCUAUUACCUGCACGAGGCAACAUCCUAUGAGGAUGCAUAUUCCCUCAGUCAGAACACGAACGAAAGCGACGAACUGUUGGGUUCAAUGACCUUUGGCAUACCCUAUCGCGUGGUGGAAAUGGUUCAGGGCAAUCAAUUCUUCAUGGCCGCAGUGGCCGCCACCGUUGAGGAUGCCGAUAAGAAGCCGUUCAAUUACACCAAGCCGGUGAGCGUGCAGAAGUACUCCUUCAUCACCCGCCAGCCGGAUGAGGUGUCACGCAUCUAUCUGUUUACGGCGCCGUUUACCACAGAGACCUGGGGAUGCCUGGUGGGCAUCAUCUUGCUGACGGCACCCAUGCUGUAUGCCAUCAAUCGCCUUGCGCCGCUGCAAGAGCUCCAAAUCCACGGUCUAUCAUCGGUCAAGAGCUGCUUCUGGUACAUCUUUGGGGCGCUGCUGCAACAGGGUGGCAUGUACCUGCCAAGAGCGGACAGCGGACGACUGGUGGUGGGCUUCUGGUGGAUUGUGGUGAUUGUGCUGGUGACCACGUACUGCGGCAACCUAGUGGCUUUCCUCACGUUCCCCAAGUUCCAGCCGGGCGUUGACUAUCUGAAUCAGCUGCAGCGGCACAACGAAAUCACACAAUAUGGCCUACGAAACGGAACCUUUUUCGAGAAGUACGUGCAACGAACGACGCGCGAGGACUUCAAAAACUAUUUGGCCAGGGCGAUUAUCUACAACAAUGGCCAGGCCGAGGAUAUUGAAGCGGUGAAGCGUGGCGAGCGCAUCAACAUCGAUUGGCGCAUCAAUCUGCAGCUGGUUGUGCAGCAGCACUUUGAGCGGGACAAGGAGUGCCGUUUUGCCCUGGGCAAGGAGAGCUUUGUGGACGAGCAGAUAGCCAUGAUUAUGCCCUCGCAGAGCGCUUACUUGCACCUGAUCAAUCAGCACAUAGAUCGAAUGUUUCGCAUGGGUUUCAUCGAGCGCUGGCACAGAACCAAUCUGCCCAGCGCGGACAAGUGCAAUGGCAGGAGCAUCCUCAGGCAGAUCACGAAUCACAAGGUGAACAUGGAUGACAUGCAGGGCUGCUUUCUGGUGCUGCUGCUUGGCUUUGUUGUGGCUCUAUUUGUUGGCUGCAUCGAGUACUGGUUCUAUCGCCUCUACGUCCAAAGCGAGAGUCGCAAGCCGACCGUUUUCACCAAUUGAGAAACAUUACACGGACGAGUGGCGUCGGGUUACAACUUGAAAAUUUGUAAAAUAGUUUGUUUAAUUCUUGAAAAUUACUUUAUGAACAUCAUUAUGCAUUAAACGAUAGCGACUUGUUCAUCAUCCCAGAGACACGGGAUUCACACUUUACGUGGAGUUGGCGUUGGGGCCACGACGACGGCCGAAGCCCUGGACAAAGUUCACGAAGCGGCGAUUGUACUGGAUCCUGCGCUUGGCGCGGCCGGUCUUCUUCUUCUUCUUCUCCUGCUUCUCCACCUUGGGGGUCUGUCCCUUGACCUUACCGGCACGAGCCAGAGAACCGUGCACCUUACCACCAAGCAUCGGAAUGUUGAUGUCCAGCUCGAAGGAGCUGAGCGCGGUCACGGGCGUCUCGUUGGCCAGAGUGGUGCCCUCGCAGUUGAGGCUCACCUCCUCGGCGUUGAAGCCAUGCAGCUGGGCGAGCUGGUUCUGC